CCUCAACCAGGCUGAGGAGGAGGGCCAAUGGGGAGUGGAGAAAAAAAAAAAACUGUCAAGAAUUUUAUAAAAGUAAGUGAUUAGAAGGAUCAGGUCUCUUCGCUUGCAACAACCUCACCAGACACUUGUAGCAGCAGAGGCUUGUCCACAAACAAAUCAGACAAGAUGACUCACCAGUUUCCAGCACUGUCACCAGAGCAGAAAAAAGCUCUUUCAGAUAUUGCCCAGCGGAUUGUGGCUUCAGGAAAGGGGAUCUUAGCUGCAGAUGAAUCAGUGGGUACCAUGGGGAACAGGCUGCAGAGGAUCAAUGUGGAGAACACAGAGGAGAAUCGCCGGGCUUUUAGAGAGAUCCUCUUCUCUUCAGAUGCUUCCAUCAACCAGAACAUUGGGGGAGUGAUCCUCUUCCAUGAGACACUCUAUCAAAAAGACAGCAGUGGAAAGCCAUUCCCAGCUCUCAUCAAAGAAAAAGGCAUUGUGGUGGGAAUAAAGCUGGAUAAAGGUACAGCACCCCUAGCAGGAACAAAUGGAGAAACCACCAUCCAAGGGCUGGAUGGGCUGGCUGAACGCUGUGCCCAGUAUAAGAAAGAUGGUGCUGACUUUGGCAAGUGGCGUGCAGUGCUUAAGAUCACCAAUACAACACCAUCUCAACUUGCUAUCCAAGAGAAUGCCAACACACUGGCACGCUAUGCCAGCAUCUGCCAGCAGCAUGGUUUGGUGCCCAUUGUGGAGCCAGAAAUCUUGCCUGAUGGAGACCAUGAUCUUCAGCGCUGUCAGUAUGUCACAGAAAAGGUUCUGGCUGCUGUCUACAAGGCCUUGAAUGAUCAUCAUGUGUAUCUGGAAGGGACAUUGCUGAAACCCAACAUGGUGACGGCUGGGCAUUCCUGCCCCAAGAAGUACACCCCUCAGGAUGUAGCUGUAGCAACUGUCACUACUCUUCUCCGCACUGUUCCUGCUGCUGUUCCUGGAAUCUGCUUCCUGUCUGGAGGUCAGAGUGAAGAGGAGGCUUCUGUCAACCUGAAUGCCAUGAAUCAGUCCCCUCUGCCUAAGCCUUGGAAACUCACCUUUUCAUAUGGGAGAGCCCUGCAAGCCUCUGCCUUGGCAGCAUGGGUGGGCAAAAGUGAGAACAAGAAGGCUGCCCAGGAGGCCUUCCGCAAGCGGGCACAGAUUAACAGUCUGGCUUGCAGAGGACAGUAUGUUGUGUCUGGGAAGACUGACACAGCUGCCACGCAGUCCCUUUUCACUGCCAGCUACACCUACUGAAGGUGCAGAAACUUUCCUUCAUCCUGUCCCUCUUCACAAUGGGGAAGAUGUGCAGAAAUGAAAGAAAAAGCCAAGAAAUCUAAUUUCCCUUACCCUAAACAAAAAUGGGGAUAAAAUGGAUCAGCUACCUCUCCACUCUUCGCUUCCACAAUUUACCAAGGAAAUAGUCUUGUUUCAUCUGCCCAUCCCAAAGAAGGGGAAUUCUUUCCAUACAGCAAACCAUAGCUGCCAAUGAAUCAAGAACCCCUCUCCCCCUGGUUUAAACUUAGUCACCAUAAUAGUAGGCAGAUUAAGUAGUUCCUUGGCUAUUAAAAUACAUACCUGAUGAAUUACAAAACUUGAUUGUGUCUUCAAUCAUGGAAAUAAAAUAGUAAUCAAAACUUAA